AUGAGUUCUCACCAACCUAGCUCCAAACCCGAAGGUACGCGACUGCGUCCACGACGUGCGUGCGACGAAUGCCGAAAGCGGAAGCGAAAAUGCGAUGGCGGAUUACCUUGCUCGACCUGCAUCCGUUAUGAAUAUACCUGUCGAUAUGAAUAUGGAAAGUCGCAAAGAAGUGCUCGAGCUGCGCGUAGUGUCCCGCAGAUGACGCCUGUGGAGCACCCACCACCAACACCUGAACACGCUCGCUCCGGUGGCCCAGUCUCAACGGGAGCCAUUGAACAACAGGCGAGCUUCCUAGAGCGGGAGAAAGGAAGAUUUCUGAGCCACGUCUCAUCCGUUUCCCAGGCAAGAUCUUUGGGGUUAGGACUUGACCUGUCUGAACCUCCACGCCUUCAUUCAUUCGGAUAUCAUAUUGGGAUUCGAAAAGAACCCGAGAGCUCACUUUCAAUUCGACUUCCACAGCUUCUUUCCUGGGACCAAGCAAGUAGCUGCAUUGAUGUAUUCACAUCCGUCAUUCACCCAGUCUUUGGCUUUAUGAAAAUGGAAUCCAUCUUUCAAAGGGCCCAGGGACACUGGCAGGGCCGACUCGAGGGAUAUCCUUUCGAGGCAGUGAUUACUGGUGUCAUUGCAUUAGGGUCUCUAUUCUCUAAUCGACUCGGGCAAGAAAAGGAGUUGGAGAUUGUACUUCAUGCCAAGAAUCUGCUUGAUGAUCCUGUUAUCAGCCGUCGCCCCUUGCAGGACCUAGUCGUGGCCUGGAUUUUAAGGACUAUUUACUCCCGCGCAACUGGUCGACCCAAUGUAGCGUGGCUGCAAAGUGCCACCACUUUACAUUUGAUCGAGCUCACUGGAAUACAUUAUGAUGCAGCACGACUAGCCUCUUCCACAGAGGGUACGAAUACAUCAAUGCAUGACGACUCUGAUUUAUGCGCACGUAUCACGUCCGUUGCGCAGAGCCUCCACAUUAUGAUUGCAUAUGAUUAUGGGAAGAGUAUAAUACAUCUUGAUUCUGCUGUACAUCGCCAUGUCCGACCGCAACAGGGUGAUUUCACUUUACAAUUAUCGGAACUUACCAACAAAAUCUCGACUGCAACGACUCACUCGGACCCAAUUACGAACCAGGCCCAGCUAUUGCACGCAAUGGAAGAGUUGAUGGCCACACCAGUAGAUCAUGACUUUCUGCUGCUUGCAAGAGCGGAGCUAUGUUUCGCCAUUCAUCGUCGUCUCCAUAUUUUUGGUCUUGGUCCCACUAGACAACAAACCAAGCUCAUAGUUCAGGCAGGUACCGCGGCCCUCCCCGCAGCCCGACGGUUGUCGGCUCAACUCCACCCAUGGUGGAAUGUUACAAACGCACUCUUUCAGUUUGUAUGCGUUUGUCUCUCUAUUGGGACAACAGAGACACUUUCACAUAUCCAACCAACAAUUGAAACAUUUGAGACGGUUAUUCAGCAUUUCAAUACCCAUCUUACCCAGGAAGCAUUCAGCACAUUGUUAUUAUUAACUAGUGCAUGUCAAGGGGAGAAGGAUAAACAAGCCAACCUUCUUCGGUUUGCCAAGGGAAUGCGACCAGAAAAUGAUGCCUCAUUUCGAGGACAACGAGGACAAGGUGAUUUGGCGAUGUUUGAUCCGCAAGUUGCUUCUCUCUUUGAUCUUUACCCCGAGUCACCAUUCAUUGACCUGCAAACAUUAUUCAAUAUCUAA